CACUCGUGCGCACUGGGGUCGAAAUGGAAACACAAAAUCCAAGCCGCAAUCUACAUUUAUAUCGACAUCGUAUGAUACCUGUUCUCUCUAUAGCUCAUGCAUCAUCAGUUGUACGCACUGGAGUCAAUGAUAAACACGGAGGGAUGGAGAUAUGGGAUCCAAGCCGAAUACAGUAUAGUUCGAACACCUUUCGUCCACCUUUCUUCAUGCUCACGGCGAUGUUCUGA